AAAAGAGAAGACGGUAGAAAAGAAAAAGGAAAGAGACUUUUGUAACGUAAAGAAAUGAAGCUAAGAGCAACCCUAAAAUUGAUGUAGGCUAGCUGCACCCAGCCAGCUAGCAUAUACCAGCAUUUAUUUAGUCCAAAAAGUUAAAUGUAGAAAACAAUGGCUGGGAAAUCAGAAAUGUUCGUUGACAUGCUAGCUAUCAUAAAUACAUACAGAUAUAUAGCCGGCCUAGCCAGCCUCUUUCUUAUUAAUCAGGACACAAUCUUCAUUCUUCACCUACCGAUCGACCAAUUCCAUCUAGCUGCGCUUCAAGCUUGAUCGAUCAAGCAAUUAGGCUAGUAUGGCGGCCGAGAAGGCCGAGAAGGCGAAGGUGCCGAACAAAUUAGUACUGAAAGUGGACUACGACGGGCCGAGCGAGCUGGUAGAUAUGUUCGUAGUUGUGGCGGGAUGCGAUGGCGUGAAAUCGAUGGAGGUGGCGAAGAUAAAAGACGUGAAACAAAUAACAAUUACAGGGAGCUUCGAAGGCGGUGAGCAAAUCAUGAGCAGGCUGCGGUGGGGGGAGGGAAACAAUUUUUGGUCGUCGUGCUGCGGCGGAGAUGCCACUAACUUUAAUCCAAGAACUGUGACCUUUGGUCCGCUCACCGCAAAGAAAGGGGACGGCGGCGACAAGCCAAAGGACAAUGCAGACACCAAAAAGGAUGACGACAAGAAGAAAGCAGAUACUCCUCCUAAGCAAGCUCCCUCCCAGGCAAUGGUGAUGCAAUUAGACUACGAAGAAAGUGAUGGGGAGGAAAAGAAGAAGAAAAGAAGAGCAGCCAUGAUUGCUGCCGCUGACUCUGCGGAGGUGGAGUCAAUCUCGAUGGACGACACUAAUAAUGUGCUUACAGUUACAGGGAGCGCGGGCGCAGUGACGGGCAGGGUGUUUGAGCUGAUGAAAGGUAGGAACAAGCAGAAAGGCGCCUACCCCACACCACAUAUUGACUCUCUCGGUGCCAAACCAGCUGCUAAAAAACCAGAUGAUGCGGCGGCGAAAAAGGACAGCAGUGAGGAGGCGAAGAAAGGUGACGGCGACAAAGAAAAUGGGAAAAGCAACGGCGAUUCAAAAAUCGAAAUACAGGUUGUGGUGCUGGAUUUUAAGGAAGGUGUGGGCGAUACUGGUUUAGCAGAAGCGAUGAAAGUGAUCGCCGAAUAUCCCGAUGUGAAAUCCAUCUCUAGAGUAAAGAAUAUAUUCACAGUUACAGGGCUGAGUGGAAUUGCAGAUAAUAUUCUGGACCAUGUCACCAAAAAUGGAGGUGCGUGGUACCAAAACAAUGUCAAAAGGACGAAAGUGGACACUAAAUCUGUACCUGUGGAGAAGGAGAAGAAGAAGGCAAAUGAUCAAAGUAAGAAAGUAGUGCUGAAAUUGGAUGCAAACGAGAAAUUUGAACCGGAAGAAGCAGAGAAAUAUAUGCAAGCAGCCAUGGAAAUAGUUGCGGGGCUUGAGGGAUUGGAUUCCCUCUCCAUAGACGUUGAGAAGAGGCUGCUGACAGUGACAGGCGUCGCAAAUCCGGGGCAAGUCCUGGUCAGGCUUAGGGUGACUACGGUGAACGGCUCCCGACCCUACGAGAAGACAACAUUUGUGUCUGUGGGUCCCAAGAAAGCAGAGGACAAGCCGAAGCAGGCGGAUAGUAAAACAACAAAAGGCCCCAUCGAUAAUCCACUCGGUUAUUACAAUGCACCCGUUUAUGCACCCGCUCCCUCUUAUUAUUACCCGUCCCCAAUGCACCCGAGUGGAGGAGGGUAUGAAUAUGGGGCUCCCUUUUCCUUCAAAUCUUUGUUUGGGUGGUAGUAUAUCUCUAGCUGAAUCGAGUAAUUUGUACAAUAUAUGCUCAUAAUUAAGCUACUAUUCUACAUCACACCUUUGUCCUAUUUUGUUUUUUUCAUUCGUCACUCAGUUUGUUUCAUAUGGUAUUACCUAAUAUUGAGAUCGUGAAUAUUCAUCUAUAC